AUGAGCUCGCAGCGCUAUGAACGGGUUAAUGCCCAGGACGAAGAGGACGGCCCUCACUCCUAUCAGUUGAAUCCUGCUCGAUCCGAUCUCAACCCGAUCUCUCCGCCACCCUCAUUCCGUUCUCGUUCAUCCUCGCCAUCAUCGAGACGACUACUGCAUAACGACCCACUCCGCAACGAUGACCAGGAGCUGGCCGACGCCUUCGGAGACGAGGAUGAAUCUGGCGAUGAUGACGAGCCAGAUGACAGGCAACGGUUGAUGCGUGCCAACACUGAUGGAUGGGCGCCGACGGAUCAUACACAGAUCCCGAUGUCUUCAUCGUCCGAUUCGCGGAACGAUGCGCAAGAACCGUCUCGAGCCGCUCCAGGGAUCCCUCGAAGGCCUACUAUGUUGCCGACCUUCGCUACCUCGGGAUCAGGGGGUAGUCGUUCUGUCGCCCCUUCCAAUGACGGUGUCUUUGCCAAUCUGGCAGCCAAGCCAGAGCGAGGCGAGAAGAAUGAGGAUUUGCCUCCUUCCUACGAAGAGGCCGCCGCCGACGCCACACCCCCAUACUGGGAAACCACGAUUGUGGCGCCCGGAAUCGGAUCCGACGAAGUAUAUGUAGAUGGACUGCCCGUUGGAUCCAUCUUCUCAUUUGUGUGGAAUGCCAUGAUUUCAAUGUCCUUCCAGCUGGUUGGCUUCUUAUUGACAUAUCUUCUGCACACCACCCACGCCGCAAAGAACGGCAGCCGAGCGGGCCUCGGUCUCACCCUCGUUCAAUAUGGUUUCUAUAUGAAGGGCGGCAGCGAAUCUUCUGGUGCCGAUGGCGGGGGUGAUCAAUACGUGCCUCCCCCAGACCCCAACAGCCACAGCUUCGAUCCAAGUUCAGUUGGUGAGAACGGAGGAAGUGAUGGAGGCGCCAUGUCGACCAUCAGUACCAGCGAAUGGAUUUCUUACGUCCUCAUGAUUGUUGGUUGGUUCAUUCUGAUCCGCGCGGUUAGCGAUUUCCUUCGGGCCCGGCGCCACGAGCAACUGGUGCUGCAGAGCCCCGACCGUGGCCUUGGCGUGCCGGUGAUUGCAGAGGGUGAGCGGUCUGAGACCGUUGUCUAA